AUGGGAACCGCUUGUACAUUCAGCGCUGUCUCAUCCGAAGAUGAGCUGGAUGUUGAAUCUGAUCAGGACCCAUGGGCAGCCAGCGAGUUAUCCAAUAGCCUCCCUGUUGUUCAAUAUCCACAAUCAGCUAGUCCUUCAAUCAAGCCGCGACCAAAGCAGAAGGUAGCCCGACCGGAGGCUUCAUUCCUUCCGUUGCAGCAGCUCGAGGAUCAGUCUCCAUGGGCUUCAAAGAAGACAGCAUUCUGCUCUUUGCGAAAAGCCGCUCCGCGGAGGGCUAACUUCAAUGGGUUGUGGUUCUGCUUCGAGACUCAUGGCGAUAUGGACGCAUUGCUGGUGUCUCUGGAAGUCAGUUGGGCAAAGCGUUGUGCGGCUUCUGCCAUAAGCUACGGUGCAGGCUACGUCAGUCGCAAGAUCACGCAAGGGGGUGAUGAAAUGGAAAUGGAGGUGGUUGGCACACCGAGCGAUUUCACCCAGCGCUUUCGUGUUGGUGCUGGCUGGCAGCGGGCCUCUGGGCCCGAUGGUGACUGCUGGGUGCAUCCUUUUUGGGAAGACGGAGUCUUAUGGGUGGAGCAGAUGGACGAAGAGGGCACCAAAGUGCUUAUCAGUCACCAACUGAUGCCAUGGGGUCUUGUCAUAACUAUGUUUGCAAAUGGAGUGUCAGCUGGUUGGAAGUUUCGCAAGCAGUGA